GAGCAAGAGCAACAGCCAAAGUAAAGAAGAAAACAAAAACAAAAAAAAACACAGUAUUUUUGUUGUUUUCUAUAUUAUUUUUUUUUUGGUCAACGACGUUAACGUGUUUUGUUGUUACGCUCACUUGUUUCUCAGUGUGUGUUGUUGUGCCAGCGCUGCCAGAUCGCGAGUUAUGAAAGCGCAAGCGUCGCACGCAAGUAGCAACAGCUACAGCAACAACAACAACAACAACAGCAGCAGCACCAACGACAAUAACAGCAACUUUUAAAGCAAAUAUACAAUUUAUACACUAUAUAUACAUAUAUAUAUAUAUACAAGAAAUACUAUUUUUGAUAAACGACAACGUUUUACAAACUAUACAUAAAAUAAUAAAGUUAUUAACAACAACAACAACAAUAUAAAUAUAUACACAUAUAAAUUUAAAGAAAAUGGAUAACAGCGAACAAAGUUCGACAAUCAACGGCAACAGCAGCAACAGUAACAGCAACAGCAACGCAGCAGUUGCAGCAGCAGCAGCAAUGGCAGCAGCAGCAGCAUUAAGCUUUAAUCAACAACAACAGCAGCACAAGCGACACGCCAAGGAGUCCACGGCAACAACAGCAACAUCUACAACAGCAGCAGCAGCAGCAACAACAGCCACAACAGCGUCAGCAACAGUGGCCGAGCGACAGCAACAGUUGCCGUCGGAGAGCGGCAACAACAACACUUGCAACACGAAUGCCUGCAGUCCCAAAAUGGGAUCACGUCGCAUCUUUACGCCGCACUUCAAGUUGCAGGUGCUCGAAUCGUAUCGCAAUGACAACGAUUGCAAGGGCAAUCAACGUGCCACAGCGCGCAAGUACAACAUUCAUCGGCGGCAGAUACAAAAGUGGUUGCAAUGUGAGCCCAACUUGCGCUCAUCGGUGGCAAACAAUCAACAUCAACAGCAGCAGCAACAGCAGCAGCAGCAACAUCCUCAGCAGCAGCAACAGCCGCUUGCACCGCAGCAACAGCAACAGCAGCAGCAGCAGCAGCAGCAACAACAACAGCAAUUGAAGCAACAUCAAUUUCAUAAUUUGCCACAUCCAUUGGCACAUCAUGUGCAUCCACUUCCUCAUCCACAUCCACAUCCUCAUCAUCAUCAUCAUCAUCAUGCCGCUGCGGCGGCAGCAGCAGCAGCUGCCGCUGCCCAUGCGCAUCAUUUGUUGGCCAACGGUUUUGGCCAUCCUCAUCAUCAUCAUCAACAUCAACAUCAUCAUCAUCAUUUGGCUGGUCCGCCACCGCCGCCACCACCACCACCGCCAACACAUGGGCAUCUGCAUGUGCCGGUGGCGUUGCCCGUGCCACUGUCCCUGCCACCAGUCAGCGUGCCACAGCAGCAACAGCAACAGUUGCCGUCGCAAUCAAAUGGCACGCCAGCAACAGUUGCUGAAACAGCGGCGGCCAAAAUUGCAGCCGUUGUUGCAGCUGUUGCCAUUGCCAGCAACAAUAGCAGCAGCAGCAACAGCAACAACAGCAACAGCAGCAAUGUUGCAACAACAGUCAGUGCCACAACGUUGCCAUACAGUUCAAAUACACAACAAGUGCCAAGCAGUGCCAGCAGCAACAACACCUCCAACAACAACAGCAGCAGCAGCAGCAGCAGUAGCAACAGCAGCAACAUUCCUCAGCAACAUCAGCCAUCGCUCGCGUAUGCGUAUCAUCUACCUGCCGCCUACUUGCCACAACCAGCUGCCACGCCGGCGCCCAUGGAUUUGUCCCUGAGCAGCGCAGCGCGCAGACAACGCGAGCAACAGCAGCAGCAGCAGCAACAGCAAUUGCAACAACGCGAGCAACAGUUGCCCAAGUCGAGUGUAUGCGUGGAUUUAAGCUGCCGCAAGCGUGUGGCUGGCUAUGACUGUGCCACAGAUGGUGGCAGGCCAGCGGAUAAGAUGAGCAAACUGGAGGCCAUCAAAUGCGAGCCAAGUGACAAUGAGGCCGAAGAUGUGGACAUUGAUGUGGAAGCGGAAGCGGAAACAGUUGAGUUGCCAGCCAAGCAGGUGAAGCUCUUUAAGCCAUAUCUGCUCGAUGAGGCAAAGGAUGAGAGAGAGCAGGAGGAGCAAUUGGAGGUGUCAACACACAGAAUGAGGCAUGAACUGGAUGCCGAAGAGGAUUCCGAAUUGGAAUUGCAGCUGCACGAUGAUGAAGAUGAGCGUGAUGCGGAUGCCGAUGAUGAAGACCAAGCCACACAUAACAACGGCAACAACAGUUGCAACAGCAACAGCAACAACAGCAACGGCAAUGCCAACAAGAAGAAGAAACGCGUUAUGGCCAAACAAAGGGAGCCCAUCAUAUGGAGCAAUCAUCCAUUUGCAAGCAAUGCAGCAAGUUGCUUUCAAUCGCCGCCAUUGCUGAUGCAAUUCCCCGGAGCAGCAGCAGCAGCGGCAGCAGCAGCAACCGGAGUUGCCGCAUUGCCGACAUUUCCCGCCGGGAGUCCUCAGCAUCAGUUUCAUGGCGGCAACAACAGUUGCAGCAGCAGCAGCUGCAGUUCCAUCAGCAGCAACAGCAGCCACAGCAGCAACUCCUCCAGCAACAGCAGUUGCAACUCCAUCUCCAACUGCAACUCGAAGCCAUCAACGCCACAAAGCGUGCUCAGUCCAUUCUCGGCGCCGUCACUUUCCCCCACCGGCUUCUGUUGCCCCAAAGGAUCCCCCGUCUCCGGUUAUGAGAGCAGCUCAUCCACAUACAGCGACAGCGCCAGCGCCAGCUCCAAUCAUGGCUACAGUCUCAAUCUGCAGUUGCAUGCCGCCGUCUACAACGACAACUUGAUAAGCAUCAUGCAACAGCAACAGCAGCAACAGCAGCAACAACAGCAACAUCAACAGCAGCAACAGUUGCUGCAACGCUCGCAGCUGCAGCGUUGGCUGGAUCAGGAGGCGCUGGCCGCCUUGGGCGUGGCACGUUUAACGCCGCCGGCAACAGUUGCUGCUGUUAGCGCAGCAGCAGCAAUUGCUGCCACAACAACGCCAGCAACAACAACAACAACGCCUAGCAUCAGCCCCAUAACGCUGCUGGCAUAAGAGCAAGACAGAUGCCUAUCGAGAGAGGGAGAGAGCGAGAGAGAGAGAGAGAAAGAGUUGUGCACAACAGCAACAGUUGCUGACAAUACAAUCCCACCAAGCAGGGGGGCGUGGCCAUGGGCCUGGUCCUUGGCCUUGUAAGUUAAUUAUAUUAAUAAAAAAAAAUUACAACAA